AUGCUACGAAGGUUGAUCACAGCUACAGCAUUUGAUGUCGAGAAAACAAACGAAGAUAUGAGCGACAUUGAGUUUUUUUUGCGGGAGAACAAAAAAGUGAAAAAAUACUCAGACUUUCCUACGUCCCCCUGGUCACCCGGGUAUGUGUAUCUGUCUGAACACGCCCUAGUUGACAUCCUCUGGGCGAACGAAGAUACCAAGCAGCUGCUGGAGCGUAUUCUGCCUCUCAACAAUCCUUCCAAGACUGCAAUGUUUGAGUGUGUGAUCGCAUGGUAUCGAGACAAAGUAUCCCUGCAGUCGCAGGACAAAGAUAUAACUCGGUUCAAACUCAAAGGAACGAUUUCUACCAACGGUCUAGUUCUGAAUCUACUAGCCUAUGAUACAACCCAGAGGAAGAGACAGAAGCAGUCUGACGUAGAUGAAGAAGACCUCAGCCAAGAACUGGAGCUUUCUCAGGGAUUUCUCAACACGACGUGUUCAAAGGCAGCCGGUGAAGACCUGACAGAUGAAGACUAUGCAAACAUAAACUGGAAGAGGAGCUCCAAACUGCUUGAAAACGUUGAGCUCACAUUCAACGAGCCAGAGCGAUGCCCAUCCGCAAACACUACAACUAUCGUCGGAUGCGAUCCUGGUAUUGUUAACGCCCUUACGUUUUCCUCCCUGGAUCCUCACAACCAUAACUUGCGGCAAACGGUAAAGGUGAGAAGCAGGUUCUUGUACCUCCCCGUCCUCCGCUUCAAUCACCUGUUGAACAAAAGGAAGCGUGAAAAAGGAAUGAUUGAGGUUGAGAGCGCCAUCCCUGUGUUUGGAAGGGAUACGUACAAUGAGUACUUUCAAUGGAUGAACGAGGAGUCCCAGACACAGAUAGGAUCAAAGAAUUUGGAUGUGCUUCAAGAGUUCUACGAGUCCAGAUGGCACCUGAAAAAAAAAUGGGACCUACGAAAGGCUCAGCGAGCUACGUUCGACUACGUGGUACAGCGAGUGUUGAAGAUGUUCGGGGAAAAAGGAGUGCUUGUCGUCGGCCUAGGAUCCUUUGAAAGUAGUAAAGGAGUUCCCAGCAAGCGCUGUCCCCGACCCCUCUGUGAUAGCUUUUAGAGAUGGUGUACCCUCGCUCUAAAUAUUACCGGACAUGUAAGGUAUUCUUCGACCGUGACGCAGUAGGGGCGGAAAACAUCGCAAGAAUCGGUCUUGCUCAAAUUGAGAGGCAAGAGAGACCUGCAAAGUACAAACCCCCGGAAGAGUCGGCUGCUCCGGGUGCAAAACGCGCACGACGCUAGACACAAGUAUUUGGGUGCCGGCA